ACAUGAACAGCAAGGAGAGAAAUUGAAGAGGGCGCGUCGAUCAUUUUAUGCCAAACGAUCCGCCAAAAACUGUCAGUUUUUUCGAUUCUCGUGGCCCGUCCAAAUUCACGUGAUGCUCGUGACAAUAGCGACGAAUUAUCAGCUUCGCGGGACGAAAACUCGAUGUCAUGGAAAUCGCAAGGAUCCACAGAUAUUACAAAACCUAUCAUUUUGGGCCACGAUGGCUGUUAUACCAAUAUCUGCUGACGGACGCUAAGUUGAGGAACAUGCUCGAUUUGGGUCCGUUCUGCGGGACCAUUACGUUCAUAACUGGACUCAUGAUCUUGAUCCUCCUCUUCUAUUCAUACAUAAACGAAAAAGCGACCAACUCGAACGAGAAGGAUUUUCAGGAGCUUCAAAAAGAAACAAAUAAGAAAAUUCCCCGGAAAAAAAGCGUGGCAGACAUCAGGCCGAUCUACAAUUGUAUUCAUAAGCACCUCCAGCAGACCGAUGUGUUUCAAGAGAAGACGAAGAAAAUGCUUUGCAAGGAACGUUUAGAAUUGGAGAUUCUGUGCAGUAAAAUCAAUUGCAUCAACAAGCUGUUAAGGCCUGAGGCGCAGACCGAAUGGCGGCGGAGCAAGUUACGAAAAGUGUAUUAUCGUCCCAUUAACUCUGCCGCGUCGAAGUAAUGGCCGACGCCGUGUAACAAUGUAAUUAACCAAAUACAAAUGCAUCCAAUAAAGAACGUACAAAUUGCAUCGA